AUGCCGACACCACGACCUGCACUCCUCUCCUCCAUCCACUCCCUCAUCUCCGCCUUCUCGUCUGGGGCAUCUACACCCGUCAUCCUAGCACAUUUCACGACCUCACCCGCACCGCUCGUGCACGAGCACGGCUCGCCAUUUCUACAGCCUUCCCUGCCUUUCAUCGGCCGCGACUUUACCGGUAUGACUGGUGUGGGUGAAUACUUUGACGUUCUCGCCCAAUACCUCUCAUAUAGUGACAUGGUCUUCGAGGAUGAAGAUGACUGGGUAGUCGAUCCACAGAACCUGACCAUCUGCUUGCGAGGUCGGGCACAGUUUACAUACAAACGCACAGGGGACAGUUGGCUGGAGACAUUUAUGUGGCGAAUAACGCUAUCCGAGGACUUGGGUCAAAGUGAGCCGGAUGUUGGACAGGGCUUAAAAGUGCAGGAGUAUAGAGUGUGGUCUGAUACAGGUGCGGCGUUGCUGGCUAGUCGUGGGGAGUUACAGGGAGAGAAAUCACGGAAGUAUGUUUCUGAUGCUGCACGGGCGGAUGGUGUUUUGGGAUCGGAUUAUCCGGUCAAGGAUAAGUUGGGCAGCGGGUUGUCAUUUGGGGGAAGUUCUGGAUGA